AUGUCAAAUAACAUAGGAACAGCUGCCGUCGAGAAGCCUUUUUUAGCAAGUGCUAAUCACAGUUCUAUUGAUGCAGCUAUUGUUGAUAGUUAUAUCGGUAAUGUUAGCAACCAAGAAGGAGCAACUAGUUAUGGUAAUACGAAGGUAACAACAGCAGAUCAAGCUACAAGUCUUUUCGAUCAACAACUCAUUUUAUUGAAAGACUUUGAAUCACCAUGUGAUAUUCGAUAUAAAACAGAUUAUUUCCCUGUUGGUGGAAAAAAUGCUGGUAAGCCUCAACCACCACGUUAUGUUCAUACGGUAGAUGGUGAACAGAAUAUUACUAUUAAAUUUGCAGCUGGCUAUCGAAUUCCUGAAAAUCUUGAUAAUCAUUUUCUUGAAGUAGCUCUCAUAACAGUGCCUCGAAUCAAUCAACAUUAUUUGCAUGUGAAUAAAUUUCAGUUAUCUAAUGAAGAUGUUAAUGUGUCGGAUGAAAAUCCAUUUUUCAUUCCUUUAACUACGGAACAUAUUAAAGAUGGUGAAAUACUACUUAAAUUAGUCAUAGUUAAAACCCUACAGAGGGAUUUAAAAGAUAUAAAAUCACUACAAUUCUUUGAUAGUGAUACAAAUUUAGAUAAGAUGCCGAACUGUAAAACAACUGCUGAACUCCAAUAUAUGUAUGAACUCUCUCAAGCAAGAAUUGCAUUUUCACUUGGAUAUACGGAUGAAAAUGAUCGAUUUAUUCGAUAUACAAAGACAACUGUUACAUCAAAUGAAAUUGUCGAAAAAGAAAAGUCAAAAGGUUCAGGUAUGGAUUUUUUUAUGAAUAAAUGUUAG